GUUAUGGGGCACGGGAGUGUAAGGUCUUCGUUGGUAUACAAAUGUGUCACUGUCCGGAUAAUCACACAGUCGUUAAAGACGUUUGUAUAAAAGUUGGGUCAGUCAUAGGGGAGUCGUGCACAAUCGAUAAAGAAUGCACCGGUACACAAAAUGGUGGGAGAUGUGUCUAUAGCGAGGGCAACGGUACAAAGUUUCAAACAUGUGCCUGCGAUGAGGGAUUUCUGAAAAAUGGUUCAUUUUGUUUACCAGUCAACAAAACGGUUUUUGAGAAUUGUGAAGUAGACAAUCAGUGCAAUGGAACGUUAGGUUUAGGCAUCUGCAGAGCAGCUGGUGGUCGGAAGGUGUGUGUUUGUGGACCUCAAUAUAUAGAGGACAUGGCUUCCUUGACAUGUCAGAAAGUUGGAAAGGAUAUAUUUGAGACGUGCAAACUGGAUGCCCAAUGCACUAAGACGAAGAAUGCAGAUUUGUGCAAAUACAAUACAGAAACACAAGCUAACAGCUGUGCUUGCAGGGAUGGAUUUGAAUGGGAGAAUGCAUCAUGUGUACCAAUUGGUAGACAGUUACUUGAAUCCUGUGAGUAUGAUUUGCAAUGUAACGGGACUGCAAAUGCAACUGUGUGUGCAUUAUUUGGAAACAGAUCACUAUGCUUUUGCAAUGAAGGCAUGUUUGAGUUUAAUGGGACGUGUAUCGAAGCUGGUAAAGGUCUUGGUGAACCAUGUGAAAUUGACAGACAGUGUACAGAAACACUACAUGCUGGUGUUUGUGGUGAAAACAGUUCGUGUUCCUGUGAUAGCGAUUUCAUCAGAGAAGACAAGGACUGUAUUAAAGGUGGAUGGAAUCAAGAUAUGGUAUAUCAAUUCAUGUUGUUCGGAGCAGGCGGACUUCUGUUUGGAAUAUUUUGUUUGAUUGGUAUAAUUAUAUGUAAAUGUAGAAGAAACCCAAUAUCCAAAAGUGGAAGGUUUGUGGUACAGACAGAUCAAGAACCCAGCAACCGUCAAUCCAUUCUGUAUGCCGUGCCCAGCGAUAUUGGGAAUCAUGUGGGACCUUCAACGCCUGUUCACAAAGAUACCCAGAGAGUAGCAAAUUACUCGUACAAUCACCUACACGAACCUGUGGAACAGAAAAAAGACAAUGUGUAUUCUGAGGAGGACUCUUGUGAUGACGUGUACAACCACCUCCAUGAAAAGGAUGCACCAUUGUGUGAAGGCGUGUAUGACGUCACAGAAAAUGUCUUUAAUGACAUGAAACACAGUUCUGAUGAUGACCUUGAAUCUGUUGGUCUCUAUGAAUUUGCUGAACCUAUAAAUGCUAACAUGUAUUAAAGAUACAGCAGGUGCACUCGUAAAGCUUUUUGUAUUCUUUCAACUGUUGAUAUUCAAAUCACGAAAAUUAUGUAACAUUGUAUUAGAACGUGUUGCUUUAAUCAGGAAGACAAUUUGAUUUUGGCAGUUCGUCAACUGUUGGAAUAUGAAAAAAAAAUAUUAGUUUUACGACUUCUCGAAUAUCAAAGGUGAAAUUUGAAGCAGACUAUAUUACCACACUUAGUUUCCAGGGACGACGGUUGAUGCAUGUAAACGUACCACCAAAUAUCAACCACAGUUGAUAUCGAUGAAUGCAGUGAUAUUUCAUCAAAACUCUUACAAUGCAAUUGUAUCAUUUGAACAAUAGUUCUAACUACAAAGGUCAGUCUGCUUUAGUGAGUGCAAGUUUCAAGUAUAAAUAUACAAGAGUUAUUUACUCCAAGACCAGCACAUGGAUUUUAUAAACGUGUAUCAUAGUGAUUAUCAGAUGUGUUUAUACUGUGGUCUAGUAGUUAUCCUGUCAUAAACCCGCUAAUCGUAAAUUUGAACAAUGCGUAGUAGAUUGUUAAGUUUGAUAUUGUUUGAUGCUUGUUUACACCUGUUUAAGAUGUAACCAUGUUCUAUGGAAGAUGAAUGGUUCACGUCUGAUAAUGUUUCAUGCUGAAUUAAGCAAUUGCUUUUGAUUCUUAUUAAUAUCCGACUGUGAUAAAGUUCUGCCCAAUGACGUGUAUUUCACAUAACCUCGAUACUUUAUAGUAGAUGUAUGAUGUGACACAUUUGGACACUUUGCAAAAAUAUGUCUGUCUAAAGUUUUCAUGUGAUCGUCAUAUCUUAUGAAAACUAUGAUUUUUAGGAUUACACAUUCACGUAUGAUGAAAUAUACCUGUAUUUUAAUUUAUUCGUGAAUUUAACUUUUAUAAUUCUGAUUCAUGCAAAGUUGUCGAGGUUAUUGCAUGAAAAUUGAAGAUAACGAACAGUGAUCAAUGUUAAAACUCCCAUAAAUAAUACAAAAUUAAGAGUAGGGUAAACACGGCCCCUAUAUACACCAGACGUGGAAUCAGGUGCCCAGGAGGAGUGAGGAUCACCUGUUGAUUGACCACACCUGCCGUGAGCGCUAUAUCCUGACAAGGUAAAUGGAAUAAUCCGUAUUAAAAAUCAGUAUGCAAUAACGGUCAACGAAUUAGUUUGAAACACGUCGAACAUCAAUCGACCUAACGACAGGUUGCAUUUACUUAAAUUCUAAAGAAAAAAUGAUUGGAAGAAAUGAUUCCCAACAACGCACAUAUGUUCGUAUUAGCUGAUCCCGCCUCUGGUGUGUCCAGGGGUCCAUGUUUGCUCAAGUAUCUAUUUUGUAUUGCUUAUAGGAGUUAUGAGAUCACUGCCUGUUAUCUUCACCUUUCUUGUACUUCUCAAGAACUAAAGUAAUGCUGACUAAAAUAUGCUGUGAUUUUCUUUGUAGUCUUUGAUGACCAGGUCUUCGAACAGUCUGUUGGAACACCCAUGGGCAUACAUUGUGCUCCUUAACUAGCUGACCUCAUUCCAUACUUUAAUGACAAACAAGUUGAUGUUCCAGGGUUUCAUAAGGCUCGCUUAAAGUCAGUAUUUCGCAAAUUCUAUGGUCGUUAUAGGGAUUCAGUUUUCCAAUACAACCUGUCAUUAGGAAAAAUGUUGUCUGAAGUGUUUCAUAUCUAUUGUUAGACCGCUCUUGAUGCACUGAUGUUGACAAUCAAUUACGCCGUUUACCUGAUGAAUGCAUAGGCAAACACGAACCUCUGGGUACGCCAGAGGUGGGAUCAGGUGUCUAGAGUAGACAUCCCCUGUGAACCUGUCGACCAGUUACACUCGAUACGACAUAGAAAUGCAAUGAGUAUCAUCAGACACCAAUUAAUUAAAAUACACCAACAGGUCAGACAAUGAACAAAAUAAACUACAACUGGGAUUUUAAGGCACUGUUGGAAGACUUGAUCACCAAAUACUACAAUUGUAAACAUAGGUAAAGUCAACGAGGAACUUGAGCAUUAUUUUAAUAUCUACUCCAUGUCGUGAAAUUUCUUUUGCGUAGAAUCAGAGUGCUGUGUAUCAAAGUAAUUUUGUUAAAUACAUUACAAAACAAUGUAGAUACAGGCUUUGUUAACUGGAGACAGUACAUACAUGUAUUCAUUAUCUUACCUAUCGAAUUAUUUGAUGGUUUAUUAAACACGAAAGGGUAUAUGACAAGCGUCGUGUCUAAUGCCAGCUUUUGAUAUUUAUGCUACGUAUAUACUUACCUAUUUGUCGAAUUUGGGGAAGCAUUUGCGAUGUAGGGAUAUAAGUUUGAAUGUGACUGAACUGUUUUAAUGAUGACAUAUUAUGUUAUGAUUUCGCUGGUAAAAUAAUGAACAAAACAGAACAAGUCACUCUCUUUACAAGAGAGGGGUUUCAGACAAGACUAAAGAGUGGUAUGUUGCCUUGAAUCAUACCAACUCCGGAAGUGAAACAUCGGAUAUAAUAAAUAAAAACUAGAGUAGAUUGUCCAUGAUAACAUAAAUUACAUUUUUAUCAGGCGGUAAGUGAAACAAUCAUACAAUGCACUUAAAUUUCGAAAGAUGCAAUAUUUGUACUAUUAACAUACCGUAGUUGUAAGUUUCUGGUUGUUGAAGCCCUUGAACACUGUUUUUUAAAUACAUUAUAGAUUCCCGGCUGUAUAUGUAGGUACAAAUUUGUGAAAACAUGUAUUCUGAGAAUGGUGAUUUGUUAGUGAUAGUGCAAAUGAUGAUAAUUCCAAUUAUCCCACCACAUCAUAUGACAACAAUUUAUCAAGUAUAGUCAAAUAAAUCAGAUUGAUUUAAGUGUACGAUAAUAACAGCCUCACGAUUAUCGCAUUUCACGACAUUUUUCCUGCUUGAAAAUGUACUUGAAAACAUUUGAAAAAUUCGAUAUUAUAUAUAAUCAUUGAUCAAAUCAUUUACAACUUUCCUAUUUGGUAUGCAUGAAAGGUGAAAAUAACGAACAGUGAUCAAUCUUAUAACUCCUAUAAGUAAUACAACAUAGAUAGUUGGGCAACUAUAAUAUUUAUUAAUAACUUAUAAUAAAGGUGAUGUCGUAAACAGGGAGAUUAAAACAUUUUCUGAGACAAAAUCUUUAACGAGACAACACUUCCAUUAGAACUGACCUUGUUCCUAAUGCAAAAUAAUAUUAACAAACAUAAAAUUACCCCGCUCUCGUUAUUGUGGCUAACUAUACAAUCGCAACCAUGUACUAAUUUUGAUGAUUUUUUUAAUUUGUUAUUUCCUGUUCUCAUUGUACUAAUGAAUGUGAUAUAUGAAAGCCUGAAGCAUUUGCCUAAGGACAUACGCUUUUGAGAAAUCGAUCGAUUGCAUUCGGUUAUCAAGUACGUUGUGUAGACCCAACGUUGGAUGUCGUCUAUGUUCUUAUUGACUUGUUAUGUUCUGAAAUCAAUUUCCCAUGAGAAAUAGCAAUAUUUUCUCACUGUUUAUGUCAAGGAGUGGGCUUUUGUCACAGUAAGGGGCUCAAAUGCUCUACUUCCGGCUAUAAAGUUACAGAAAUAAAUAUGUGCUCUAUCAUUUAUAGGGAAAAUACACCAUUGCGUAAAAUACAUACUAUAUCUAAGUAUAAACCACAUGUUAUUUUGUCCUUCCUUAUGCACUGUAACUUAAACACGUGUUACGGAAAUAGAUUAUAUAUUUACAUAAUUCCUGACCUGAGUGAAAAGUGAAAAUAAUGAAUAGUGGUCAAUAUUAUAAAGAAUACAAAAUUAAGAGUAGGGCAAACACGGACCCCUGAACACAAAAAAUAUGCGAGUUUUGAAACUGAACAUCAAUGUAAAAUCAUGCACAUGGAAAUGUAGUAGUUGCUGCUCUAAGAUAGAUCUUUUGCACUACAUUUAUAAUGAAAGGAUCGAAAAGAUCUGUUUAUGUUCUAUGUACGUUUAAUCAAUGGAUAUUUUCGGUUAGGACAUACAUAUAUAGACAUACACCUAAAGGCAAAAAUAACGAACUGUGAUCAAUUUCAUGAAUACCACAAUUAUUACAAAAUAGAGAGUUGGGGAAACACGGACACCUGGGCAUACCAGAGGUGGAAUCAAGUGCCUAGGAUGAGUAUGUUGGUGUUUGUGUUGGAUAGAACAUAUUUUAUUGAUCAAAUCAAAGGGAUUAAGAAUAGGUUCUUACUUACUAGCCACUCACCUACAUAUGUUGCUAAAUACUGUUGUUUUUGUAUAUUUCCUCCUUAAUUAUUUGCAAUGAAGAAACCACAAGCAAACCCGCAGCCGAGAAACGAAA